UCGAUCAGAAUGGACUUCACCGGUAAAGUUGUUCUAAUCACUGGGGCCAGCGCAGGAAUCGGCGCGUCCUGCGCUCUUCAUUUCGCAAAAUUAUCCGCCGAUUUGGCAUUAGUUGGCCGGAAUGUAAAAAACCUUAACAAAAUCGCCGAACAGUGCACUAAAGCGAGCGGCAAGGAACCUUUGAUCAUCAUCGCUGAUAUAAGCGUAGAAGAAAAUAUAGCACGCAUCAUCAAAGAAACAAUUGACAAAUACGAAAGACUCGAUGUAUUAGUGAACAACGCAGGUAUUGUGAUCAUGGCUACAUUCAUGGACGAUAUCAAAAAUUUCGAUCGUUUGGUCGCAACUAACAUUCGGGGCCCGUAUCUCUUGACGCAGCAAGCCAUACCGCAUUUGAUAGAAUCCAAAGGGAACGUUGUUAAUGUGUCCAGUAUAGUAUCCACCGUCCCCAUACCAGCCAUGAUGCCGUACUGCAUGACGAAAGCGGCUCUCGAUAUGUUUACCAAAUGCGUCGCUUUAGAAGUCGCACCUAAAGGAGUGAGAGUUAAUUCUGUGAAUCCAGGUCCAGUUAACACGGAGCUGUUUAAGAGAGCUGGCUUCGAUGAAGAAAGAAAUAAGGGUAUAUUCGCAAUGAUGGCUGCUACAAUGCCUUUGAAGAAGUACGCUCACGGUGAAGAUGUAGCGAAAUUGGUGGCUUUUCUAGCCAGUGACAGUGCCAGUUGUAUUACUGGCAGCCGCUACGAAGUAGAUUGUGGUUUACACCUUGGAACCCCAGUCCUUGAUAGUAAAAAUUAAGACAUCCGAGAAAGAGUUUUCAUAUAAAAGACAAAAAUACUAAGUAUGCUAAAGCUCGAAUUUAAUAAAAUCAACCCAAGAAUUUUUUGUAUCCAGAUUAUUCAUUUUGAGCAUAAAUUCGUAACAUACAACUUCGUAUAACACUUCCUUAUACCUCGCUAGGUAUAAACUCUUCAAUUUUGUUCAGUUGACUCUGUUUCACUCGCUAUAGGGGGCUUCUUUUGCACCGAGUUUAUAGUUAUUUGCGUUAAUAUAACUUUUAUUAUGAAUAGUCAACACUGUUAUUGAAUUUUUCUAUUUUUAUAUUAUUUCUUUUAAUUUAUUUUAAAACAGUUGUUUUUUUUUUUUUUUUUAAACACACCGCCGUUGCAAUAAGAGAAGGUCAACAAACAACAUAAAAAUAAUAUAACAAAAAAGGUAUAGUCAUAUUAUGUACGUGGCACAGAACGGGUUUUGUAUUUUAAGCGGCUAAAUAAAAGGCAUUUUUAUCAACAUAUAAGUUCUGACGUAAUAUUUCUACAAAGUAUUCAUAAUAGUAUGUAUAAGACAUACGCUGACCGAAGCUAUUCUUUUAUUUCGUGGCAAGGUAAAGCCCGAACCUCCAGGCCUCCAGCUUGUGGGACUUCAGUCACACUUUAGGUAACCGCGUUUAGGUUAACUGGACUCGUUGGGGUGUAAAAGACAGUCCAAGCGACCAUUUUUUCAAAUAUCCAUAACACUUAUUCGGUUUCAUCUUCGCGCCUGUGCCGAUUUAUGCUGAGCCGCAUAUGUAUUGCACGGCUAAUAUUUAUGUUUAUGUCAUAAUAGGGUUUCCUAACAACCUCCACGCCGGAUUAAAGCAACGUGGAGGUUGUAAGCUUUUAAUCCCUCUGUUUUACGAGGCCUGCGCCCAGCAGUGGGACUCAUAGGCUGAUGAUGACAAAGGUUUGCUUAUAAUACAUACUGUUGUUGUUACACGAUGUAAAAAUAUAUACUAAUUAAAAUUUAUUCGAUAAAAUUGGGUAAAAUCAAACGUUCCUUGCCUGAAAUAAAUCUAUUUUUUUAUAAUAGAUAUAUAGAAGUAAUUCGCCAUUCGAAUACAUAAUGAAUGGCUUAAUCCGUGGCAAGAUGAUUUCAGCUAAAGUCUGUUUAUUUUAAACAAAUAUGAACAUUUAUUAUUAUACUUAUGCCGUUAUAUACAUGUAUUAGAUAUGUUAAGGGUUUUACAAAAGAUGAAUUCGGCAAAUUAAUCCUAGUAGAUGGAUUGUAGAAGCAGUUUAACCGAUGUAUUUAAAUUUAAUUAUUCUGAAGAAACAGUACGCUUAAGUUAACUCGUUGGCUAACACUUUCAUAUCAUAAUAUACUUAAAAGUGUUUACAAAUUCAGUGUUAAUUAGCCGAUAUAAAUUAUGCUGUAUUAUAGAUAAAUAAUUGCCUAUUUAACAAUAAAAUUAUCCUU